UCCGGCGUAACGAAGCACGCUUCCCCUUCAGUAGUUCCCCCCUGUUAGCUGUCGUCCGCGCAGCGCAUAUCACCUCCAUGGCUGCUCCUGCUCUUCCCAACCCGUGGCCAUGGCCUCUCAUCACACUCAUAUCUUCAAUCUUUAUCUUUCCUCUUCUCUACCUGUUCUUCAGGAGCGGCAGGCAGAGAGCGAGAAACGCUCCUGGCCCUCCGAAGCAGCUCCCCGUGCUGGGCAACCUCCUGCAGCUCGGCAGCCGGCCGCACCGCUACUUCCAGGCGGUCGCCAGGAAGUACGGGCCGGUGGUGCAGGUCCAGCUCGGCCGCGUGCGGAUGGUGGUGGUCGCCUCGCCGGAGGCGGCCAAGGAGGUUCUCCGGACCAACGACCUGCACUGCUGCAGCCGGCCAAAUUCACCAGGUGCACGGAUGCUGAGCUACAACUUCCUGGACGUGGCAUUCGGCCCCUACAGUGACUACUGGCGCGAGAUGCGGAAGCUCCUGGUGGUGGAGCUGCUGAGCACGAGGCGCGUCCAGUCCUUCGCCUACGCUCGAGCAGCCGAGGUCGACCGGCUCGUGGACUCCCUCGCAGCCACCCCUCCGGCCAUCCCCGUCAACCUCAGCGAGAAGCUGUACGCGCUGUCGGACGGCAUCAUCGGCACGGUGGCGUUCGGGAAGAUGUACGGGUCGGCGUCGUUCGAGCGGAGCAGCUUCCAGCAGAUGAUGGACGAGACGCUGCGGGUGCUCGGCAGCUUCACCUUCGAGGACUUCUUCCCGUCGUCGGCGCUCGCGCGGUGGGCGGACGUCCUGACCGGCGCGGCGCCACGGAGGCGGAGGGUGUUCCGAAAGAUCGACGCCUUCUUCGAUGCGGUCAUCGACAAACACCUCGAACCUGAGAGGCUGGCGGCGGGGGUGCAGGAGGACAUGGUCGACGCGCUGGUGAAGAUGUGGAGAGAUGGUGAUGGUCAAGAGGGGCCUCUGGCAUUGACGCGUGAGAACAUCAAGGGGAUCCUCAUGGAUACGUUCACCGGUGGAAUUGACACCUGUGCCGUCACUACAAUCUGGAUCAUGUCUGAGCUCAUGAGGAACCCAAGGGUGAUGCAGAAAGCACAAUCCGAGGUGCGGGCCGCGGUGACAAACAAGCCUAGAGUGGGGGAAGAAGACGUGCAUCACCUCAAGUACCUGAAGAUGAUACUCAAGGAGAACUUCAGGCUGCACCCGCCGGGGACUCUACUGAUUCCGAGAGAAACUAUGCAGAGCUGCAAGAUCGCUGGUUACAGCGUGCCUGCGGGCACCAGGAUACACGUGAACGUUUGGGCGAUGGGGAGAGACCCGGACAUAUGGGACACACCAGAGGACUUCUACCCUGAGCGGUUCCAGGACACGGACGUCGAUUUCAGGGGAUCUCACUUCGAGCUCCUGCCGUUUGGGUCCGGGCGAAGGGCUUGCCCUGCCAUCGCCAUGGGCGUGGCUAAUGUCGAGCUUGUGCUCGCAAAUCUGCUGUAUUGCUUCGACUGGGAACUCCCCGAAGGGAUGAAGGAGCAGGACAUCGAUAUGGAGGAAACAGGGCAACUUGUUUUUCGCAAGAAGGUGCCUCUAUCGCUCGUGCCAGUUAAGCAUUAGCUGACACAAAUAAACUAACGUUCAAUUGUAAUAACUAUGUACUUACUUAUUAUUGUACAUGCCUGUUCCUCCAUCUUAGAACUGGGGCACAAUCGUAGCCAAUCUCUACUAUUAAGAGCAAA